AUGGAAAGCACGCCCGAGUUCUAUCGCCUCCUCUUGCACGACCACGGCGGCUACGUGCGGUCGCCCAAGAAGCGGAAGCCCCCCGUCGCCUUGCACCCGCUGCCCGCGCCGCUGCCAGUGGCGACGGCCGCGAACGAACACAUUGCACUGAGCCCUCGGCGCCUCCCGCGCCUCGAGGCGCGCGUCUUGCAGCGGCAGCGCGUCUUCCUGCACGAAGAUGGCAGCGCCGAGCUGUGCACGGAAGAGAUCCUCCAGUACAACGAAGUCGACGCGCGAAAGCUGAAAGACCCGCUCACUCUGCUCUUGACGAGAAAGUGCGACGGCGACGACGAGAUCCCACUCAUGCCAUGCCACGGCCGCGCCCAUCGCCGGCACUUGCUUCCAGCCGAGCGGUGGCCCGAGCCCAUUCGCGACCGCGACAAGCAGUGGUCGCAAGACGAGCUGCCGACAAUCCAAGCCCACGAGCCGCACCGACCAAUGCGCAUGACGCGGUCUGCGACGACCUCGGGCAAGUGGCAUCUGCCAGCGCUCCAUCCCGAGCUCCUAUUGCUAUCGCGUCGAGGUAUUCUCAUCGACACGUCGUACGUCAUUGUCUCGGCGUGGGGCGCCGGCAUCUAUGGGCGCGUCUUUGGCAUUGGCCUGCAAAGCAAACGGGCCUUGGUGAUGCACGUGUACGACCCCGCGCUUGGGAUUACCCACCUCCUUUCCAUCUCAAUGGACGAUCUGGAAGAUCUCUUUGAAGACCACCGGGCGUACUUGACCGCCGGGCGCAAGGAUGAGCUCCUGCAUGCGAUCACAUCGAUGCUCUUUUUCGAAUAUCCCGACCAAGGCCGACCCAUUCUACACAUCAACAAGCUCAUGAAGACAAGUGCGUCCAAAUUGCGCCGUCUUGCGCGCGCGAAACAACGACGUCUCGAAGAAGAAGAGCGGCGUCUCGCGGCCCUCAAAUUUAUGACCAUGCCCCGCCGUGCCCGCUACCGCGUGCUCUGUACGAGCCACAAGAUUAGCUCCUUUCUCUGUAAUGUGUCGGUCCACCAUUAUCCACACCAAGCACGCAACUUUCACAUCGUCGCGACCCACCCGCCGUCGUCGACCGAAUUCCUUCUACCCCUCGGGCUCUUGUACGCUGGAAAAGCCGCCAACAACUAUAUCGCUCCACACACGUGGACACCAGCGAUCAAGACCGAAAUCGCCCGUGCUGUCGUGCGCCAACUCUGCCUCGUGCGCAACAAUACCGGCGAAAUGGCGCUCUCGGUCGCUGGCCGCGUCGGGUUUUAUAGCAAGGGCAUCCGCCUCGACGUGCCACAGACGCCAGAAUCCGUCGCACGCCACAGUUAUCUCCAGUCUGUCCAAAUUGCGAUCCAAGCGCUGCAGCAAGCGGCCUACGACGAGCGCACCGCAAUCACAGAUGCCCACCAAGUGCAGUAUGCUGCGUUGGAGCGCGACGUUCGGCUAUUGGAAGCCAGUCGGUCCGAGCUGGAAGCCAAAGAAGCGGCGGCAAAAGACGCCCUGGACGAGAUCGAAGCCACGGGACUGGGCAACGUAGAUGGCCUGGAUAAGGACCAGCGCCAUGCGGCGCGACAGCUCGUGCGCGAACGCCGCGCGGACGUCAAGAAGGAUCGCAGCGAGACACUUGUGGAGCUCAAGCGGGUCCAGAUUUCUCUCACGGCGUUGCUGACACAGAUGCAAGCAGCCACGGCAGAUGAGACAGCGCGCCUCCACGAGUCUGCGCUGGGUUUUGCGACUCGAAUUGAAGCGCUCAAGCUGGAAGCAGCGACGCCGCCACCGUACGUCGACUUGCGCGUGGGGGACAAGCGGUACGCGCUGAGUGCGACCCGGUCUCGCCGGCCACGCGCCUUCUUGGGCAUGACAAACCAGGUGCGCCAAGGCGCAGCUGCGAUCGAGGGUCAGCGUGUUCGGUACAGCGUUGCUUUUGGCGACGACCGAAAUAUGGAGCUCACGGUGUAUGCCCCUGUGACAUCCACCUCGAUGCACUUUGCAUGUUCGCUGCCCACGUGGUUGGCCGUGCCCGGUCUCAUUCAACACCCUGGCAAUGCUCUGCCGCGAUCCCCCGAAGAUGUCGAGCUCGAGGCGCUCAAUGCAGCCAUCGCGACGUCUCUGGACGCGUGGAGGACGUCGCCGACAUCGACGACGUACGAAGAACUACGGCAGCUGCACGCGGCCCGACGAGGAGUGACAAAAGAGUCGCAGCGCUGUGUGCACCACCUCGUGACCGCGCUCUGCGAGCGUCUGCACUUUCAAUCAUCGAGUGCGCUGGCUUUGAACAAUGUCCUCUUCACGAUGGACCCAUACAUCCUCGUCUCCAGCGACGAAGGCGACCGACCGGGCGUCUGCACCGUGCGCCUCGAACCCAACCACAACUUGGUCUUCACCGUCGACUUGAUGAAUGGCAACCAGUACGAGAAGGUGCACCCGUACACACAAGAGCUCGUCCUCGAGCUUGCGAGCGAGUCGGCCCAAGAAAUGCAGGUCCACCUGGAACUGAUCGCGAGCUCCAUUCAGCUCGUGCGCCGCGACGACACCCACGCCGAUGAACUCGAGUUCUUGGAUUGA